GCCUGGCUGCCUCUCUAGAAGAUCAAAAGAGGAUCUCUACCUUCUCUGUUUGGUUCUUUUAUUGCCUUUUUUUUUUUUCUUCCUCUAGAAGCCGUCCCAAGAAAUUUUCCUCCCGAGCUCUUCCCGUAUAAAUAUUCAAGACUUGGUCUCUUCUUCUCAAUUUGGAAUACACCCAACACCCAUUAGAGAUUUCCUCCUAGUUUCUUCUGGUUUCACCAUGGUUGCUGAGGAUCCAAUCCAGAAAACUUGGGAAGAUGACAGUAGCGAUUUGGAUGAAUCAGUGGAGACACUGUCUUUGUGUGAUCUUCCUAUGUAUGGGGAUAUUGGUGGGGAUUGGGAUGAUAGCUUCAAGGAUGAUCAGAGUUCAUCUUCUGAUCAGGAGUUCUUCGAGUUCUUCAGCGAGGAUUUCACUGCAUCGACCAGCCCGGCGGCCGAGAACAUUGUCUUCUGCGGGAAGCUCAUUACUUACAAAAAAUUACCAGUUUGCGAGGACACCCAGAAGCUUGAAGACAGGACUGAAAAGAAACAGCAACAGCCCAAGAAGGGAGGCCUUCUCCAGAGGGGAUUGAAGUCAUUCAAGAGAGGGAAAGAAUCCCGAUCAAAGAGUAUGGAUGGCAGCCACGGGAAAGGCCUGAAGCUUCAACAAGCCCCGUCUUCCAAGUCCUUGCCAGACGCAGCAGCAGAGAAUUAUGGGUUGUCGCCAAGAAAGAGCGCGGACAAGUAUGAUUUUACAUUCCCCAGAAUGCCCAUAAUGACAUACCCACCAAAAUCCCAAUGGCAGAUGUUCUUUGGAAUGGUGAGAAUCCCCACAGAGAUGGAGUUGAGGGACAUCAAGAACAGGCAGAGCCGACGGACCCCAUCAAUGCUGGUCACAUCGCCGGAAGAAGGCAAAAAGGGUGGCGGCCAUAAGAGGAAAGGAAAGAGCUUAUGGGGACUGCUGAAAGCUUUGGGGUGCAGCUCAAGCCAUGCCAACACGGUGGCGAAGGCCUCACCGAGUUGCAAUAUUCCACAGCCAGAAAGCGUGAGAUGGGUGGAUUAGCUGCCUCUUCCCAUUCAUAGUCCCUGCAAUACCUACAGGAUUGACCAUGAAUCGAUCCCACUACUCCCCUGGAAAUUUAGGGUUCUUUGGUUUGACCAUGUUCCAUUCAACAGGGAAGAUGGUCUGGUGGUGUGGGGGAGAUUGUGAAAAAUAUUUGAAAGAAAAUCAAGCAAAUAUUCUUUGGACUAUCAUAGAUUUUAAUAAAUAUGAUAUCAUAUCACAAUUUUGGCAC